UCGCAUAAGAAAAAUUGCUGUGACCAGAAUUUUGGCCAGAGUCUUUGUAUAUUUACCUUCUUUCAUUUCCUAGAUUGUGGACUUUAUCUACUGACCGGUUUUGAUUUUUAUUUUGAUCUAUUUUGAAUUGCGUGACACUGAAAACCAGCAAUAGCUCACAAUGCGGACGGAGUGACAGCCCUGGGGGCUAAGAAUAUUCCUGCGAACGCAGUUUUGCCCGCCCAAAUAAUCCCAGGAACCCUUGCGUCAAAAUUUAUAGCUCCAGGUUAUCACCUUUUUGCAAAGCUGUAAUAUAUUAUGUAAUUGACAGUUCGACCGAUAAGAAACCCCCGGACGUUAAUAACAUAAACCUGUUUAAUUUACAACAUCCGUUUAAAUUCUUAUUCAAUUCAAAGAGAUUUCUCGAGCUAAAACCAUAUGUCAGCUGGAUAAAAUGUUUUAUUUCCUAUUUACGGUUGUUCUGCUCCGUUUUUCGAGUGUAACUGGCCAGCAUCAACAUUCGCUUCGAGGUGAUCAUGGUUUAAAGCGAUCUGCUUCUCAACAGGGAGUGUCGUACGCAAAUUUUGUAGUUCACAAGUUUCAGCAUCUUCAAGGAUCCCUCUUAGACUCUUCUUGUGAAGCGGUUCAGGCGAAUGAAUGCGCUUUCAUUUGUGUUAAUAAUCCCUCCUGCGUUUCGUUCAACAUCGCUCUGUUGCCAGACGAAAAUGGAAAGUUUCGCUGUGAACUGCUAAGUGAAGACAUGUUCAGAAGUCAAGACAACCUGACCGUUUCGCAGCAGUUUCACCAUUACAGCAUAAAGACACCAUGCUCGAGUAGUCCGUGUAGAAACGGUGGCAAUUGCAUUCCAAAUUACGAAGAGGAUAAAUAUCAUUGUGCCUGCGCGCCGGGAUAUACGGGUUAUCAUUGCAUGACAGAGUGUUCAGUGGCUUUGGGAAUGGAAAAUUACAAAAUUACAGCUGCACAGAUUUCAGCCUCUAGUCAGUAUAAUAGUUAUCAUUCUCCAAACCAAGGGAGACUUCACUUCAAGCUUAACGGAAAUUACAAAGGAGCAUGGUCAUCAAAAGCAAAAAAUCUGAACCAGUGGUUUCAAAUCGAUCUUGGUAUUGAGACAGAUGUUACUUGUGUGGCGACCCAAGGAAGAAAUCAAGUCAACCAAUGGGUGACCAAGUACAAGUUGCUGUAUGGAAACGAUGGAAACUCAUUCCAGGUUUUCAGGCAACAAGGAGAGAUCGUAGACAAGGAGUUUGUUGGAAACAGUGAUUCUGAAACCGUGGUGAAACAUCCUUUGAAUCCACCAAUCAAAGCACGAUAUGUGAGGCUGAUACCCACAGGGUGGAAAAAUCACAUUUCUUUGAGGAUGGAACUCUACGGCUGUUUUGUUAAUAUUUAACCCUUUAAGGUGACAAACUCAAACUGAUGACUGGACUAAUCAUGCCACGAAUGGUUUCAUAAUGGUUUACUACUGCAAAAUAUCACGACCGCGUAAAAAGGAGGAACGUUUCUGCACAAACAAUUUUAAACCACGUUAUUUAAUCUUUAUAUUUCGACUCGUAAGUACUCAAAAUCCUCUAACGGUUCAAUCAACAUGAUCAAACUGCAUGUUGGCAAAAAUAUACGCGCACAAAACAGCUAUGUGCCUCAGCGAACAAACAUGUUCCUUUGGAAUAUCACCAGUAAGAAAUUAAGUAUUGUUACUUUCAUUUUUGUCGCCGUGUUUGCCAUCAAGCUAUAGUUGCACUCGUGGACGUUUUGGGAGAACGAGAAAAAGUUGCGGAAACAACACCCAACAGUGUUUCAACGGCAUUUCUUGGCAAGUUCUCUCGGACUUUCACUCGUAUUUCUAUUCAACAAUUAUGCACCUUGAGAUUUCUUUUUAAACAAGAGCGCGUUUAAAACCCAGUCGUCAGCUCAGGCUUUAUUGUGAGCAAAGGGCAGUGGUUAAUUCCUUAUACAAAGAUGACUUUUAACAGACACUACAGUAAUGUGAGGAAAAGCAUACAGCUUCUAGAGCGUAAACUUGAAAGUUUUGAUUAUCAGCCGGGCACUUCCAGUACACUAUUCAAAAUCCAUCAUUAACUCUUUAUGUAGGUAUGAAUGCUGUCAAGCGAUAUUUAUGCUUAGAGUGCUUUCAAUUUCGUUUACAAACCAAUCAAGAAAUUCAGGCAAUAUUUGUUGUGGAAUUGUCAUAGACUUAGUAUUGCAUUGAAAAAGGAAAAAAGGACUCUAUUUCCCUGUACAAACACGUUUUCUGUAUAGAGCGUUUUCACGGGACAUCAUCAAAUUCUUAAAUCCAAAACUAAAGAACCACCAUAGUUUUUGUCCUCGUCAGGCAUAAGAGGUACUAAAGUUAUAUUUGUUUACAAUUUUCUAGCUCAAAAGCACCCUUUGUUUGGAAACCAGCGCAUUUUGAAUUUCGAAGUUGUGGCGGUGCGUGACAUAAAGUUUGUCGAAAAGUAUGUAUUUAUCGUGAUUUUUAGCCAUUUAAGACGUUGCCGUAUUUUAAAUGUUUAUUUGUUGAGUGCA